UAGCGGCGCCGAGCGGGCUCUUCUUGGCAACGCUGAGAGUGGCGCAGCUCCCUCUUUCCCCUGAGGUUCGGUCUCUCAUUAGGUCCGCGUGGAAGCCUCGCCACACAUUUUUCCGCCAUGGGUCGCAUGCACAGUGGAGGGAAGGGUAUUUCCCAGUCAUCCCUGCCGUACCGUCGCUCCGUCCCCAACUGGUUGAAGUUAUCCAAGGAGGACGUCGAGGAACAGAUAAUCAAGCUCGCUAAGAAGGGUCUCACUCCCUCCCAGAUUGGUGUCCUGCUUCGAGAUAGCCAUGGUGUCGCCCAGGUGCGCUUCGUCACAGGCAACAAGGUUCUGCGUGUGCUGAAGGCCAAGGGUCUGGCUCCUGAUAUCCCUGAGGAUCUGUAUCACCUUAUCAAGAAGGCUGUUGCUAUCAGGAAGCAUCUUGAGAGGACAAGGAAGGACCGUGAUGCCAAGUUCAGGCUUAUUCUUGUAGAAUCCCGUAUUCACCGUCUUGGCCGUUACUACAAGUCCCGUGCAGUCUUGGCCCCCAACUGGAAAUAUGAGUCAUCAACUGCUUCCGCUCUUGUUGCGUAAAUAAAGUUUAGACAAGUGA